UACCACAUGUAUAACGUCACGCAGUUUGGCUUCUGCACUACAAAAAAAGAGAUCAUGACGAGCAUUUUACGGAAAAUCCUUUACUUUGCCACCAUAACCGGCUUUUCCUGGUGUUUUCCUAACGACGUGAGUUCAGAGGAGAACCUGGAUAUACCGGCCAUCGCCAAGUAUUUCGGCACGAAAGGAAGGUAUGAGGAAGUGAACCCUUAUCUGAUAAAGGACAUACUCGCUGUAAAUAGGUCUGUUUUGCAGCCUCCGUCUCCGCGAUGUCGCGAAAUCCAUCUGACGGCCAUCAUAAGACAUGGGACGCGAUACCCGACGACCAAAAACGUGAAGAAGAUGCAGAAACUUUAUACGGUGGUCCAGAGCAGCGCCCGGGGGAAAGAGAGCUGGCUGCGGGAGAUCCUGGCCGACUGGACGAUGUGGUACAAUGAAGACAUGGACGGUCGACUGGUCCAGAAAGGUGUGGAGGACCUGAAGCAUCUGGCCGUCAGGCUAUCCAAGCUGUUUCCCUCAAUGAUCUCAGUGGAGAAGCUUCGAGGUGGAUUCAUCAGGUUCAUAACCAGCUCCAAGCACAGAUGUGUGAACAGCACGCUGUCCUUCAAAGCAGGGCUGACAGAGAUGUGGGCCAUCAGAGAUAUGGAGUUUGAACAUGCGGUGAACGAUGCUCUCAUGAGGUUCUUUGACCAGUGCACCAAGUUUGUGAAUGAAGUUGAUAACAACCCUUCAGCUUUGACAGAGCUGGACAAGUUCACACAGGGGCCAGAGAUGAAGAGGGUCCAGGAGAAGAUCGCUGACCGCCUGGAAGUCCCAUAUGAUCUCAUCACAGAUGAUAUGGUGGAAGCUGCUUUCUACCUGUGUGCGUAUGAGUUUGCCAUUAAGACAGUGAACUCCCCAUGGUGCCGGCUCUUUGAUGAGGUUGAUGCGCAGGUUAUGGAGUAUGCACUUGAUCUGAAGCAGUUCUGGAAGAGAGCCUAUGGAUAUGAAAUCAACAGCAAAUCGAGCUGCAUUCUUUUCCACGACAUGUUCAGUCGUCUGGACAAAGCCCUCAAUGAGCACAAUUCGGGUCAGAAGGUGACUGAAGCUGUGACGAUCCAGGUUGGCCACGCAGAGACGCUCCUGCCCCUUCUCGCCCUCCUGGGCUUCUUCAAGGACAGUGAACCUCUGACAUCCAUCAACUACGCCUCGCAGACACAGCGCUCCUUCCGCACCAGCCGUAUGUUACCGUACGCUGCUAACUUCAUCCUGGUUCUGUACGACUGCGGAGGAGGGGACAUCAGACUACAGCCUCUGGUCAACGAGCAGCCAGUCGCCUUCCCAGGUGUGACAGACCGGCAGGAGUCCAUGCCGCUCUAUGGGGACGUCCGAAGACAUUACGAAGAACUGCUGAAGGGCUGUGACUUUGAGACUGUGUGUGAGCUGUUCAAAAACCCUGCUGAGGUUUAAGGAACAAAGAGGUUUUAUUGGCUUUAAUCGGUUUUCUGCUCAUAAUGGGUGAACCCAGUGUUUCAGAUGAGCAGAUCGUUUUUAAUGCUUUAAAAAUGUGAGCCAUUAAUGCCUCACUGUUAGCUCCUGUGUGCAAUCUGAAUAAAAACGACACUUUCUUUGUUGGAUAAUGAUUGUAUUUUGGUCUUUGAACCACAAAGUGUUCCCUGCCUAGGAGAUUUAAUUUAAACUCUUUUACCCUACCAGUAUUUCAGCUGCUCACCUCAAUAAAAUUUUUUCAAAGUGGG